UCGAAAUAACAGCAUCAUUUUCGAGAUGCUGCAAUUCUUUACGUUUGCUACAUCACUUUUAGCAAUAUCGAAUUUCAACCUCGUAUUGUCCGAAGACCGAAAUCAAUGUGUCAUUAACGCGGAAAAUGAGUGCGUCUUUCAGUCAAUCUAUGUGGCUGCGAACAAGGAUGAAAAACAAAAUCUACAGACACCAGCAUCUUCUAAUACAUCAACGAUCAAGUUCAUCAGCUCUGCUAUAGAUUUCGUCACGCCCACGCUUUUGCGUUCUGUCAAUAGAGUUCGUGCAUUGGAUUUGAGUGGCGUGAAAUUGAAAGGGCUUCACCACGAUGCUCUUCAAAACUUCGAAGUUCUGGAAGAUGUUGAUCUUUCCAAUAAUGUGCUUGUCGAACUGCCGCAAGGAGUCUUUUCCGACGUGAAUCAGUUGCGCAACUUGGAUAUCUCUCAUAACAAUCUGCGACAUUUGGAAGGACACGUUUUCGAAAACUGUCCGGAACUAAGACGCUUGGAACUGUAUGGGAACUCAAUCGCUGAAAUUAGUCGAGAACAUUUCCGCAUUCCUCGAGAGCUGGACUACUUAAGUCUGGGAGACAAUCGAAUCGAACGUUUGAACAGUGGAACAUUUAGGUUGUUGGCUAAUUUGACAGUGCUGGGGUUGAGAGAAAACUUUCUUCGUGAAUUAGGACACGAUGUUUUCCACGGUUUAGUGUCCUUGGAGCAGUUGGAUUGGACAAUCUGA